GCUAAACACAGUAAAGGUUUUGUUUGCCUCUGCAACUCGUGAUCGGGAUGUCUGAGCUUACUAUUCCGAGGCGCCAGCGACGGGCAAAACCCGGGCAGAUUUGUCUAGAAGCUCGACACCUAAUAUAAGUUUUAACAAGCUUUUCAGCAAUAAUUAAUAUGAGUGAGUAUUGUGUGAUCUAUGUCAUUUCUGGCAUUUCACAUCUCAUCGUCGAAGUAGCAACACGCCUGAGACAUAAAAACAAAAUAAAAAACAAAUAUAACACAUCGGAAAAACAGGAAGCACCUUUCAUAGAAGGUUACUAAAAUGGCGACUGGAAAAUAUACGUCGUUUUCGAUUGAUGCGAUUCUUGGCUUGCGAUCCAAAGUGGAGGAUGCAAAGGAUGCACAGGGUGAAGGUGAUGCAACUGUCUCUCAGAAACGAGAGUCUGUUCAUCCAGCCUAUACUCAUCUUCUGGACCAAACAACUACAGUUUCUAGAACACUGGACAAUAGCAGCUAUGUUAGUGAGCGACAGGUGCGAGCUGACAACACCUCCCCUACCCCCUCUCUCAACAGUAUUGGAGAAUCCGACCACGAUAGUCUCGCAAGUUAUGCUGCAGACUCUGACACCGACUCAAACGGCGAUACUCUCAAUGAAAAUGUUGACAAUAGCGAUAAGAAAAAGAAAAACCGAACUGUAUUCUCAAGGCGUCAGAUUAUUACCAUGGAGACUGCUUUCAACAGUAAACGAUAUUUAUCCACCCCCGAGAGGAACGCUCUGGCCCGGAGUCUAAACCUCAGUGACACACAAGUGAAAAUAUGGUUCCAAAACAGAAGAAAUAAAUGGAAGAAAAUCGCAAACAGCUCCCCAGAAACUGAUAUCUAUCAGCGCCAGCUAGUAGCGCUCCAAGACACUAGACUUGGAUACAAUCUAUCAAGUGCCACAUACCCUCCCACUCUUCAGCACAUGCCACACAUUCAACAGCCAUUACCAUCUGUAGGUUGCAAAACGACUUAUGUUGGGUCAAACAUUGCGUCAAUGACAUCACAUGUACCACAUAUGACGCCCACUAUUCAUGCGAUAUCAUCAGCGCCAUCUAGUAUUUCGAUGGGACACUACGCAAGUACUUUAUCGACUGGACACUCAGUGUUUGCUACUGGGAAACAUGGUUUGCACUUACAACAACAAUCUAAUCUUAUACGACGGACUUCUUUUUAUUAAAACAAAAUAAAGUGGAUACUCGUACUCAAAAUAAGAUUAUUCGAAGUUUUUGAUGUGAAAAACUGUUAAAGAAUAAAUAAACAGACUAGAUCAUAUUUAAUUCAUGCAUUGCAAUUUCUAAUCAUCGAUCAAUUACAAAAAAUGUAAUAUCUAGCAUGUGAUUGUUACAUAUUGGAUAAUUAGUCAAACUGUGAAUUUCUAAUUACAUGCGAAUAUCAGCAGGCGUUUAAAUACACGAAUUAAAACUCAAUUAACAUAUGUUGUUCUUUUUGUUACCAAUAUGCAAUCCUUUUCCAUAGCCAGUGGGAUUGCCCGUGCUCAGGUGCUCCAGUCCCUAUUAUUCCCGCAUAAAAAUGGAUUUCAUCCAACACAAGCUGACCAGUACAUUCAAUUUAAUUUGUCCUUUGA